AUGGGCGUCAGAGAUUGGCUUAAGAAGCGCAAGGCGAAAGAUUCUCGUGCUAAUACCAGCAAUCAAACUGAUACAGCUCAUUCUGAUGAAAAUCAAUUACAACAACAGCAAGAUGAGAGCAGGGAACCCAGCGAAGCCCCAGAUGGCUUGGAUUGUUCGAAUAAAUCUCCCGAAAAGGUCGAGAGUCGCCGAAUAGAAGAUGCGCCAAUUCGAGAGCUAUGGGAUAUAGCAUACGAGAAGCUUCGAAAAGAGGAUGGUAGGGUCAUCGCAGACUAUGAAGCUACGCUCAUAGGCAGUGUCACCGCUGGCUUAGGUCAAAGUCUCAAUUUGAAGCAAAAUCGGAGAGAGUGGAUGCAAGCCAUCUUACAAAGCAAGAUGGAUGAGGUCAACGAAAAUAAGUCGAAGCUCGAAUCAGGCGAUAUUAAAGCUCAAGCAAAAGACGUCAUGCAGCUCGUCUUAAACGUUGUGAAUUCAGCCAACGGCUACAUCGGCAGUGCCGCGAGCUCCAAUCCAUAUACCUCGAUUGCUUGGACUGGUGUUAGCUUUCUUCUCCCACUUCUCAUGAAUGUAUCAGAAGAAAUGGCCUCGCUAGCGAAAGGGCUAGAUUACAUCGCUUCUCUUAUUGCACAGAGCCAUUUGAGAGAAGAACUCUAUGUUGAACGCUAUGAGUCGGGAUCAAAUCAUCAUGAAAGAUUCCAGCCGUCACGUGUCCAUUACAAAAUUGCUUUGGAGAGACUCUACAGGCAGAUUCUGAGAUUCCAGGCCAAAAUUUGUCACUACUACUCAAAAAACCCCGGCAUCCGUUAUGGCCUAGAUGCCGUCAAGUGGAAUGGCUGGGCUCCACUGGUAGAUGAGAUUCGCGACCGAGAACGCAAUUUUUUCGCCGUCGAAGAUAGGUGGCGUGACAUACAGCGCUAUGAGGAACGCCUAGCAAUCAUAAACUCUUUUUCGGCCAUGAAUACAAACCUUUCUGCAUUAACAGAUCGAGAGUUCGCUGAUCUGCUGCAAUGGUUAUGUGACAUCGACCCAUCUUCAAUGUACAACGCCGCGCGUGGCAGGCAUGAGGCUGGUACAUGUGAAUGGUUGAUAAAGAAUAGCGAGGAGUUCAAGACUUGGGAGACGAGCGGUGGCUCAUUGUUAUGGCUGCACGGCAAGGCCGGCUCGGGGAAAUCAAUCCUCACAUCUUCGGUCAUUAAACAUCUUCAACAGCGAUGUGCCUCAGAAUCAUCAAAUGUGGUUUCUUACUUUUAUUUCAGCUUUAGCGACCUUAAGAAGCAAGAAGUUGACGGCAUGCUUGCGUCUCUUAUCAAACAGAUCUGCUCAUACCAGCCCUAUACAUCACAACUAAUUCAGCGACUUCGGAUGUACAAGAUGAAAGGCGAACGCCCAGAUACUGAGACACUUGAAGCAAUUUUAAUUGAUUCAGCAUCGGAACUCACCAAUUUAUACGUUGUUAUUGACGCGCUUGAUGAGUGCCCUCUGCUUAACCAACAACGGAACAAGCUACUGAAGAGUCUGCGGCGUAUCCUUGCCAUUUCGCCUAACAAUUUCCAUGUAUUUUUGACAAGUCGGAAAGAACCAGAUAUUGACAGCAAAAUACGUUCCGUCCUAUCUUCACCCGACAGGAUUGAGAUUGACCUACUAGCCCGCCAGCAGAUACUCAAUGAUGACAUUAAUCACUACAUUAAAUCGCAAUUAUCAACAGAAGACUACGCCACGUGGCCACCCAGCGUAAAAGAAGAAACUAGAAAGGCACUCAUAGAGAAAGCCGACUGCAUGUUCCAAUACGUCCGGUUUCAGUUAGAAGCACUCCAGAGUCUCUCAUCCCCAGCUGAUGUACGAAAGGGACUUCGAAACCUUCCUACAGGACUUGACGCUACUUACGAUAGAAUCUUGGGAUCAAUCGAUCACAAUUUCCGGGAACAAGUCAUACACUCGCUUGAAUGGCUCGCCUUUUCAAUGGAGGUCUUAUCCAUCGAAGAACUCGCCGAGAUAUUCAUUCUCCGCCCUCACAGUGAUGGUACAUUUGACGAGGCAAGGCGUCUGUUUUCUCCGACAGACGUACUAAAAUAUUUUCCCGGUCUCAUUAUCACCCAAAAGGGCCAUUCCCCCAGAUACUAUAAUGAAACUCGGACUGAAAUUCGGCUAGUGCACUUCUCUUUGAAAGAGUAUUUGAUAUCCAGCAGAAUAGUGAAUGGCCCUACAUCGGUCUUCUCAUUUACAGAGAUGAACGCCCAUCUAUCAAUCAUGCAGUCAUGCCUCACUUACCUAAACCACUUGAACUCCUGGGUUAGGAGUCUCGGUGAGAAACUUUUUUAUCCAAGCAUCGUUUUUUCAACGUAUCCACUGUCCGGAUACGCAGCGCACAACUGGAUGGCCCAUCUUGAACAAAUUCCUCGUAUAUCAUGGUCAGCUGAGAUUACACGGGAUGCAGCGAGCGCGCUUGCUGUUAACAGUCAGAGUCUGCUCACUCUCGUCAACAUUACCAGAGAUUCCUUCGAUUAUGAGUUGAUACUAAAACCAUACUGCUUCACAGCUCAGCGGGGUCAUAUUCAACUGACUGAGAUGUUGAUGUAUCCGGAAUAUGGCGUAAAUAAGUACGUUACGCGAGAAGAGUUGGGCGAUACACUCCAUGAUUUGGCCUUUAAAGGGAAGGUAGAUAUGAUGCAGCUCUUUCUCAAAGCGGGCGCCGAUGUUAAUGCGCAGGGCGGUAUAUGGGGCACAGCUCUUGAAGCAGCCGCCAGGGGUGGACAUCUCAAUGCCUUGAAACUUCUUGUGAGCAGCGGAGCUAAUGUCAACAGUCUUUCGAGUCUCACAGGCAUACCUCACUCGGCCACCGAUUGUCUGAGGUUUCUCCUUGACAGCGGCGCCGAUAUAAACAUGCAAGGCGAAUUCCACAGGACAGCGCUUCACAAGGCUGUACAAUCUGGUCGCGACGAAAAAUUUGAUCUGCUAUUGGAAAGAGGCGCCGACGUAAAUGCUUUGGGAGGGCAUGGCACGCCACUCCAGACGGUGUGUAGGGAUGAACCGAAUUCAUACUUGCGACCCAAGGCGCCGACUAUAGCUCGAUAUGUGAAGAAGCUAUUAGAGAGUGGUGCAGACCCAAACCUUCGGGGCGGGGAUUAUGGCACACCACUGCAGCUUGCGUGCGGUAAUUCAAUACUAUUCCCCGACUACCAAAUAGCAAUGGAGAUUGUGAAACUUCUAACUGACAAUGGGACUGUUGAAAAUGGGACUGUUGUGAAUGGGUUCGUUGUGAAGAAAUACGACACAGGGAGUCCUGCAACAGUGAAAUCGGUACAUCCUUCAGCAAUCGAGGUGGUGAAGCUACUCCUUGACCAUGGCGCCAAGAUCGGCCAGUUAGGUGGCACAGAUUCGGGAAUGGCGCUACAUGAUGCCUGCGACCGGCGGAGCGUGAAGAAUAUCCAUUGGCUUCUGGAUCAUGGCGCUGAUGUGAAUGCAGAGAGCGAUACAUACGGCACGCCACUGCAGGCUAUUAUGCGUAGCAGAUUUAAGGGCCGCAGGACAGAUGAAAGAAAAAGACGUUUCAAUAGGGAGAUGAUGCUGAUUGUACAACUGCUCAUAAGCAAAGGGGCCCAUGUCAACCAUAUCAACCAAAAAAGCGGCCCCUACCGCACUGCUCUCCAAGCUGCCUGCGACAAUUUAUAUCUCGAUGUGGAGGCAAUCUGCCUUCUAAUCGACUACGGCGCUGAUGUGAAUGCAGAAGGAGGCGAAUACGGAACAGCACUUGGAGUUGCAUGUCAAAGUACACGCAGCGGAAAUGACUUGAUGCAAUUAGUCCAACUACUGAUCAAGCACGGUGCUGAUGUAAAUGCCAAGGAUGGAAAAUAUGGAGCACCACUCACAAUUGCUUGCAGGGGUGGUACAGAAGAGCUGGUGCGAUUGCUGCUUGAAUCCGGAGCAGAUGUUCGUCACCAGAACUACGCGGCCUGGCACGCAGCUGUUCGGAGCGGUAGCGUUGAUAUGCUCACGCUUUUACUCGAUCAGGGCAUCGAUAUCAACCGUGUACACGAAGAAUAUGGUACUGCUCUAAACACAGCGAUAGAAAGCUGGAUUGUCACAUCUGUUAUUGAUCAGGAAUCGCAUGAUAAGGUCUGUUUUCUACUCAAGCAUGGUGCUAACGUCGAGGUCAAGGGAGGCAAAUUUGGUUUCGCGCUCCAGACGGCAUGCGCGCCAGAGUCUUCAGAGAGUACUCUUCCUAGAGACAUCGACAUUAUAUCGGGCAGGACAAAGCUCCUCCUCGAACAAUGCCCGGAUAUCGACGUUAAUGCAAAGGGGGGAAUGUUCGGGUCAGCUCUGCAGGCAGCCGCCUUUUCGGGCCAAACCGAGUCGGUAAGGCUGCUGUUGGCUAGAGGAGCCGACAUUGGUGCGCGAGAUGGAAAGUGCGGCAGUGCAUUGAACGCUGCAAUCUUUGGUGGCUACUGGGAUAUUGUCGAGAUUCUGCUUCAGGCCGGUGCCACGCCCGACUAUCGUUUGCAGAAGCAGCCUGAUGAGGAGUGGCUUCAACGUGUUGGAGAGGGAAGUCUUAAGAUAGUUGAAAGGAGGCGGCGUAGGAGUCACGAGGAAAAUGGGCGAAGCGCCGUGGCAAGAUAUAGAAAGUUUUGGGAGGUUGAGAGUGGCUCUGCAUCUGGAAGUGAAUGA